CUUUCAUGAGGCUGUCAGGAGUUGACAUGGACGCACUAAAAAAAACACAACAUUUAUUAUAACAACUUACUGCUUUUAUUUCAAAACAGUCAGCCGUCAUUUUGAACGAAAAUGUUCGUCUUCUUGUUUUUGUCGGCGUUGUUGUUUUUCGGCAGCCCGACGCCGGCGGAGCUCGCGGUGACCGCGGGAAGCCCAACCGGGUCUUCUGAUGUCGACGACGGGAAGUUUUCUCCGAGAAUCACCGAGAAGAAGGAGGAAGCGUCUCAUCCUCCAUCAGGUUCUAACUUCCACCUGAAGGUCCAGGUCACUGAAUUGCUGAGUCAGCAGUACCUGAGCCAGGCCAAAGUGGAUGUUUAUGUCAACUACACCAUCAGCAGCACAGCUCUCACUGGGCCGGAGGGUGGCGCUUUGCUCCAAGUACCUUUCCAAACUGGAUUGCCCAUCACGGUUGUGGCCAGCAAGGACGGCUACGUCCGCACAGUGUUGCCAUACAGAACCGUCAGGACGCCAAUAUUUUCCUCAGUGACCAUGCCACUGGUCGGCCUCACUCAAGGAAACAUCUGGCUGUUUGAAGACACUUUCCUGAUCACUGACAAAACAUCUGAUGCUUCAUUGAAUCCCGUUGUCCAGUUUCCCAAGAGCCUCCUGAACCUGACAGAGAGCAGCGACAUCACUUCUUUUCAAGCCUACUUGACGAUCCCCAGGUUCCCUUCAGAGGACGGCGACUUCCUCAGCACUUUGGGAAUCAUAAGCAGUCCAUCAGGAUAUAUAAGCAUGGAGUUGUCUCCAGUGGCGGCCGUCAGUGUGCGACUCUUCUCCGGCGACACUGAAUUGCAUAUCAGCGGACCCAUAAAGAUCAGCCUAACUCUUCCUGACAGCUGUGGACUUCAGUCUUCCAAUGUAGUUCCAGCAUGGUUAUAUAACCACACUACUGGUGGAUGGAUGCGACAGGGAUUAGGGACUGUGGCGUCAAUAGAUGGGAAACUGAGGUGGACAUGGACCGCUCCUCAUCUUGGUUACUGGAUUGCUGCACCCGUGCCAACAAGUGGAAAUAUCUUUGGCACUGGCAUCCUGACUGACUUCUUCGUCCAUUACUCAACGUACCUGAUUGGUGUCCUGGGAGGAGUAUUUUGUAUUUUCGCCUGCCUAAUCGCUGGAUUGAUCAAAUUUCAGAGACGCUCUGUGAGGGAAACCAAGGUGAAGCAGAUCCUGCCACUGACGAGGAAAGACCAAUCCACUGCCACGUGCAACAUUGACGACGUCGAAUGGCGGCCUGGUGAUGUCACUCAUUCUCAGCACGGCCUGAAAGAAUUACUUACUGAAAUGAGUGAUAACCGACGCAAUGUUACUCUUUCCAUCUAUAAUCCCAAUAUCAUAGCCAAUCCCGACGCUUUGGCCGCGAGCGCCGAACCUAACGACCCGAUUCCUCCACGCACCGCAGAGAUGAUGAAGGUCCCGGCGUCCCUAGCAGACAAUUUAUUAUUUUACAACCAGCCUGUUGCCAUUCUUCACGCUUCAGCAUUUUUCCACGGGGAUGAGCAAUUUGAGCAGCCACGCAGGAAUAAGAGCGCCACUCGGCCGCAGGCGGCGGAUUUCUACGGUGAUUCCGAGGAAAAACAGCCGCCCGCCGUCUCCACCGCCAUGCACAAGCACGAGGGAGAAGUGAAAGUUGACAAAUUGAGCGAUGCUCCGGGUCCAAUUCCCCCAAACACAUCUCGGAGCCAGUGUGGUCUUCUGGAAUCCGCCUCAGUCCCAGAGACCUUGAGUAAGAUGAAGAGCAGCAGACACUCAAUGGACGCUGCGACGGAACUUUCCAGAAUACCCUCGUCUCAACCGCCCCGGGCCUGGUUCGUGACCCUGGAGGGCAAACCUGCGGCCGAGAUCCAUUACGCCGUGGCGGAGCAGCAGAGGAGGCGGAGAGCGGCGGGAAGCCAAGAGACUAGUUUGGACUCGGGGGUGGAUAUGAUCGAGGUGAACCAGACGCCCGGAAGGAGGUCCGUCACUCUGGAGCGGAACGCCACUUUUGUGAAGAGAACAUCCGGCAGCAAACACACCACGUCACAGUGAAACAAGAAGACGUAGAAAUAUUCUCUCACUAUCACACGUCCAUGCUGAAUCGGCGAUUUAUUAGUGUUUAAGUCGACUGUUUCGUCGAGCUACAGUGAAACCUCGAUUCGCAAAGCCCUUUAUUUGCGAACGUUUCGAUUUACAAACUUUUAGAUGGCGCCGAAUUGCCUCUGCAUACGAACUAAUUCAGUCAUUCAUUUUGUGUCGCGCCUGCAGGCAAGAAAGCAGGGCGCAGCAUCGUUGAGGAGGCGGAGCCCUCCAUGUGACUUGCUGCACUCCUAAGCUGUGUCUCAAUUCAGGGUCAGAAUCCUUCUGAGGCCUAAUGCAGCCUCAGAAGGCCGGACCUUCGGAAGGCAACUCCGAAGGAUGCGUCGGUACGUGCCUGUGCAGUUGCACACUGCUCACGCGUCCUCUGCUCACGCGUCCUCUGCUCACGCGUCCUCUGCUCACGGCAAAUCUAGGCCACGCACAAAAUCAAAUAAAAACAUGAGCGCAUAACAGUGUGCACGUCUGCCGUCGCUCACAUGUGCGCCACUGAUUGCUCAAGGAGUUUUGGCGUUUGCGCACACUAGGGGUGUAACGGUACGUGUAUUUGUAUCGAACCAUUUCGGUACGGGGGUUUCGAGUUCGGAAGCAGAAGUCUUCACAAGCUGCUCUGCUUUCUGCCUCUGUCUCUGCCUCAUUGUCCCGCCCACACAACCAUCUGAUUGGUUACAUACAAAGCCAAUCAGCAGUGCGUAUUCAGACUUCAGAACGAUGUAGUCAAUGCUUUAGCGUCGAGCAGAUACUCGUCUAGCAGGGGAGGAGCGGACUCUACCCAAAUGAUACUAAACACUUCCCAGUCACAACUAUUACAAACAUCACUAUGAGCCCGUUGACCUUUAGAAACUUAAACUGCAGCUCAGCUCGCUCACAGUAUAGGCUUAAGAUGAAGGCUAAUUAGCUUUUAGCGUAACGUUAGCUCAUUUUUCUGUGUGUGUGUGUGCGUGUGAUAGGGGCAGCAAAGCCCCGUCUGUCUGUUAUUUCAUUGAACUCCAUUGUGUUUAGGGGCUUCACGGUGGCAGAGGGGUUAGUGCGUCUGCCGCACAAUACGAAGGUCCUGCAGUCCUGGGUUCAAAUCCAGGCUCGGGAUCUUUCUGUUUGGAGUUUGCAUGUUCUCCCCGUGAAUGCGUGGGUUCCUUCCGGGUACUCCGGCUUCCUUUCACUUCCAAAGACAUGCACCUGGGGAUAGGUUGAUUGGCAACACUAAAUUGGCCCUAGUGUUUGAAUGUGAGUGUGAAUAUUGUCUGUCUAUCUGUGUUGGCCCUGCGAUGAGGUGGCGACUUGUCCAGGGUGAACCCCGCCUUCCGCCCGAUUGUAGCUGAGAUAGGCGCCAGCGCCCCCCGCGACCCCGAAAGGGAAUAAGCGGUAGAAAAUGGAUGGAUGGAUAGUCUCUCCUAUUGCAAUUGUACUAUUUUUCAGCUAUAGUUACAUGAAUCAUUAGUAAUGUAGCAGCCUAGUUUUGAAUAGCAGGGUCCCUGCUAUCACAUGUUGAUAAAAAUACAACAUUUACAUAAUAAAAGUCAACUACAGGCUUCCCAAAUGCUGUAAUAAAUAAAGCAUGAUGAGUUGACAUUAAACAGUUUCAAUGGAAACUGUUUAAUGUUAAACUGUUUAUAAGUGGAAGAAAGGUUUUUUCAUUUUAUUUAAUCUGAGCAACAACUUGAGGCAGUUUAAUGUGGAUUAACGUGGGCAGAAUUAUUAUAAUGUUCCAAUUGUUAAAAAGAUAAAGCCAUUGUUUACAAAUUUGGGAAAUGAAUAACAAAAAAAUGUAUCAGAAUCAGAAUCAGCACCUCCAAGUCCGAGUCCAUGGUUCUCGCCCGGAAAAGGGUGGAGUGCCAUCUCCGGGUUGGGGAGGAGACCCUGCCCCAAGUGGAGGAGUUCAAGUACCUAGGAGUCUUGUUCACGAGUGAGGGAAGAGUGGAUCGUGAGAUCAACAGGCGGAUCGGUGCGGCGUCUUCAGUAAUGCGGACGUUGUACCGAUCCGUUGUGGUGAAGAAGGAGCUGAGCCGGAAGGCAAAGCUCUCAAUUUACCGGUCGAUCUACGUUCCCAUCCUCACCUAUGGUCAUGAGCUUUGGGUCAUGACCGAAAGGAUAAGAUCACGGGUACAAGCGGCCGAAAUGAGUUUCCUCCGCCGUGUGGCGGGUCUCUCCCUUAGAGAUAGGGUGAGAAGCUCUGCCAUCCGGGAGGAACUCAAAGUAAAGCCGCUGCUCCUUCACAUCGAGAGGAGCCAGAUGAGGUGGUUCGGGCAUCUGGUCAGGAUGCCACCCGAACGCCUCCCUAGGGAGGUGUUUAGGGGACGUCCAACCGGUAGGAGGCCACGGGGAAGACCCAGGACACGUUGGGAAGACUAUGUCUCCCGGCUGGCCUGGGAACGCCUCGGGAUCCCCCGGGAAGAGCUAGACGAAGUGGCUGGGGAGAGGGAAGUCUGGGUUUCCCUGCUUAGGCUGUUGCCCCCGCGACCCGACCUCGGAUAAGCGGAAGAUGAUGGAUGAUGGAUGGAUGUAUAUUUUGUUGAUUUCUUACUGUACCGAAAAUGAACCGAACCGUGACCUCUAAACCGAGGUACGUACCGAACCGAAGUUUUUGUGUAUCGUUACACCCCUAGCGCACACAUAUGAAAAAUUGGAGGGAAAAUUGUGCAACACUCCUUGUUAAAUGGGACAGUCUAGCCUACGGAACAAAGACGCGCAAAGCAUCUCGGGAUAUGGGAGGCCACAAAAGGAUAGUCGUGGUGCAUCCUCCCAAUACAUGAUUGAAUUGGGACAACCUUCGCGCAGCGUUGUGAACUAGGGUUACAAAAUUCCAGGAAUAUUCAAAGUUGGAAACUUUCCAUGGGAAUUAACAAGAAUUAAUGGGGAUAAACAUUGAAUGCAACAUGCUAGAUCUUGCAGCACAAUUAUUAGUUAAAACAACCUAAUUUAAUGCAAAUUCAGUAGAAUUUCAACCCUGCACUGUGCAUUCUUCCAUCAAAUGGACAGAUAAUUCCCAGCAUGCUCCACUCUACAGCAGGGCUAUUGAUGCCACACUAGUUUUUGAGCCCAAGGAUUUCAUCCAGUCAGGUCAGUACUGGGGUAAAUAUAUUUGAUCUAUGGUAUUUAAAGGCCUACUGAAAUGAGAUUUUCUUAUUUAAACGGGGAUAGCAGGUCCAUUCUAUGUGUCAUACUUGAUCAUUUCACGAUAUUGCCAUAUUUUUGCUGAAAGCAUUUAGUAGAGAACAUCGACGAUAAAGUUCGCAACUUUUGGUCGCUAAUAAAAAAAGCCUUGCCUGUACCGGAAGUAGCAGAGGAUGUGCGCGUGACGUCGCGGGUUGUGGAGCUCCUCACAUCUGAACAUUGUUUACAAUCAUGGCCACCAGCAGCGAGAGCGAUUCGGACCGAGAAAGCGACAAUUUCCCCAUUAAUUUGAGCGAGGAUGAAAGAUUCGUGGAUGAGGAAAGUGAGAGUGAAGGACUAAAAAAAAAAAAAUUAGACAGCAGAGCGAUUCAGAUGUUAUUAGACACAUUUACUAGAAUAAGUCUGGAAAAUCCCUUAUCUGCUUAUUGUGUUACUAGUGUUUUAGUGAGAUUAUAUGGUUGUACCUGUACAACUUGAAAGUCGGAGGGGUGUGGUGACCGCCAGUGUCUCAGAGGAAAGCUACGUUUCUCGACGAGGCGAAAGCAGCCGUUGGGGCUGGGCUGAGAUAAAAAAAAAAUUCCCUCCACCACGGUGGAAGCAUCCGACAGUCGGGGGCGGUCGGUGGGAGGAGGCAAGAGAGACGCAGCUGCCUCUUUGGCAGGUGCAGGGGAAACAACGCAAGCUCUCCGCUCAUGUCUACGGUAAGAGCCGACUUAUUACCACCAUUUUGUCACCCAAACCUGCCGGUUGACAUGUUGUAUGGAACCAUGUUCGCUUGACCGCUCUGUUCCAUAGUAAAGCUUCACCGUCAUCUUUGUGUUGCUAAAGGCGGCCGCAAUACACCGCUUCCCACCUACAUCUUUCUUCUUUGACGUCUCCAUUAUUAAUUGAACAAAUUGCAAAAGAUAUAGCAACACAGACAUCAAUAAUACUUUGGAAUUAUGCGAUAAAAAGAGACGACUUAUAGCUGUGAACGUCAUCAUACCGCGACGUUUUAGCAUGAUACUUCCGCGCGAAAUUUAAAAUUGCAAUUUAGUAAACUAAACCGGCCGUAUUGGCAUGUGUUGCAAUGUUAAUAUUUCAUCAUUGAUAUAUAAACUAUCAGACUGCGUGGUCGGUAGUAGUGGGUUUCAGUAGGCUUUUAAGUUUAAUAGAGAUUACUGUAUGACUGUAGACUACUCCAGCAGACUUCCACUCAAGCUAGCUAGCUGUUCCUGUACUUGUUAAAUGAUUUUGGCCGCCAAUAUCGCUAGCUCGCUAGGUUUAUGUACCGACCGAAAAUAUUUCUCCGUUAGCCGUGAUGCUAAUUUUUUCUAUAUUAAAUCCCAUUUAUUUAUGCUAACAACGUUAGCAAUCCGAAUGUACUUUUUUUGUGAUCUGUAAAGUUCAACUAGCAAAUACUAAAUGCAAACGUGUAGUUUCCCCUGCUUUCUGUUCUGCUAGCCAUUCUUUCAGCAUAAACGUACAGAGGAAUUCAAAUCCAUGCUGAAGGUCAGAGACUGCAGAUGAUGGAUGGACAGCUGCGAUGCUGGGAUUCUUUGCGUUCCCUCGACAGUCCUCCAGUCUCUCCUCCCGGCUGCUGCUAAUAAAGGGCGAAAGGUGAUUAUAUGACAAGGCCCACCUGGGCCAUCUACGCACCUGUCGCUGUCUUUGAGGCUGGUCCUGGCACACCCGAGUUCCGCUGCAGGCCAUGCCCCCCUCCACAACAUAUUUAUAUAUACAUAUAUUUUUGAGAAUACAUCUUUUAAAGGCCGUUUUUAGGCCAUACAACCAUACAGAGCUUUUCUAACCUGUAACCUGUUUUGAAUCAGUUCAAUUGUAAUUGUUAUACCAAAUAAUCACAUCAAGAAUUGCGUCAAAUCGAGAGCCAAUUCCGAAACAAAUCGUCACCCCCAAGAAUUGUAAUCGGAUCGAAUCGUUACGUUCCCAAAGAUUCACACUCCUUACACUUUUACUGCCAUCAAGGAGUCCACUGUUAAGCCUGUGUGCUAUAAAACGAGUAAAACGUCACAAAGUAUAUGUUUUCCAGUUUGCGUUGAAAUCCCGUGCUUUUCGAAGUUAUGAACUUUGAAAUAUUCAAAACAAAUUAAUAAAAAACAAUCUGACUCUGUGUUUUUUAAAAAUAAAAAUGGCUCAAAAGAUGGCAACUUUUGCGGGUUCCACUGUAACGGAUUGAACGUUUCGACAUAACGUAAUGCGAAACAAAUCAAAUCAAAGACUUUUUAGAUAUGAACCCAUAUUUUGUGGUAAUGGUAAACUGCACGUAAAACGCAAUAUUGUAUGUUGUGAGCGUAUAAGAAACAAUAAUAACAAUCACUCCAGAUGCCCACCACAGUGGUCGUUUUGUUUGUGUAAGCAUGCCUUGCUCAGUACCAAAAUGAUCACACAAUGUUGACUUUAUGACAGUUCUUUAGGAUUUAUUUGUGUUCAUGUUUGCUUGUCAUUAAACACCCCCUGCAGGUGUCUUAUUCUGAUUAAA